AUGUCAAGAAAGGGUUACGAGACCCUAGCAACCAAUGAAGAUAACACGAAUCAGUCUUUUCAUCCUACAAACUCUGCAAAUCUUUUGUCUCUUCUGACUUUUUGGUGGAUGAACAAUAUAUUUUCAAAAGGGAAUAAGCGGCCUCUGAACCAAUCAGAUUUUCUACCACUUCAUGAGGACGACAAAGCACGUGACCUAACAGAGAGACUUCAGAAAGAAUGGAAUGACCAACUCCUCAAAUGGAACAACUCCCAGGGAAAACAACCCAGACUUUGGAGAUGUGUUUUAAGAACACUAGUUUCCAAAGUAACGCUAUUUCAUUUGAGCGUUUGGGUCUUCGAAUCCUUCUUUCGGAUAACACAACCGCUUUUAAUCGGAUUUCUCCUUAGCAUGUUAAGUUCCAAUGAGAUAAAUCUUUCCCUAGUAUACGCGUGCUGUUGGCUCUUAGCAUCGAUUGGAUUCUGUUACUUCGGCAAACAAUACUCUGUCUAUAAUCUUGAAUUAUUAGGCAUGAGGACAAGCAGCGCCCUCAAAGGAAUCAUCUACCUCAAGGUGAGAACUUUAACGCUGUAAUAAUACAGUUGUGACUAGAAUGGAUACCUUAAUUAAAAUGAGGAUAGACACCUUAUGUUUGUUACACAACGCUAUAUACUCCUCCUAGAGAACAAUUUAUGCGAAUUUAUUGGGCAGAUUUUUGAGAAAAGUGAGGACAAUCAGAGUAAGGUAAAGUUGUGCAAGGAAAAGAGUUGAAUAUUGGGUUUAUGAACAAAGAAGAGUGAUAGGGUUAAGCACUCUUUUAAAAACGGUUUCAAAAAUGUAUCAAAGCUUUGUUAAGUAAGUAAGUUAAAAUCAGUUAACGGUGUCGGCAGUUAGCCCUUGAUGGUGUAGUGGAUACGGAUGUGGAAUUUGCCUCAAAUGAUGCGGGUUCAUGACGUACAAACUAACUGCUGUUUUCUUCCAUUUUUUAUUCUCUUACUUAUGACUUUAAGUUAUAAGGCUGCGUGCAAACGUGCAACAACUCCCAACUAUGUUGGCACCUGCAGUGCAUCGUGGGAAGGAUAUAACCCAUAAGUCUUUGUAAGUACCAUGCGUAAUGAGCGUGCGUGGCCCCAACAAUAUUGGAAGAGCUGUGCAAGCAGAUCCAACAUUGUUGCUCUACGCUUCGGAGAUCAGGGAACAAAAGAAAUGUUGGGAGUUGUUGGCUGAAAAGUUUGACUGGUUUCAAACUUUGCGCGACAACACGCAACAACAUGCAACAGGGUGUGCAAACGGACGCAACAUGUAACAUCCAACAAUGUUGGGAGUUGUUGGCCAACAAUGUUGCGUCCGUUUGCACGGGGCUUAAGACUCCUAUCAUGUAUUUUGAGUAAAGAUGACAAUCUGAUUUUAGGGUAUCCAUUCUGGUCACAACCGCUGUGAUACGUAGUAAAUUUUAUGAAGAAAGUCUUGUGAUGUAAGUCCAGACAUAUAACAAUUUUAAUACAACGGUUAUAUAUGAGUUCGAUUAUCAGGCUGGAGCUCGGAAUUAUUAGUGAGCUUUCUGGUGUUAGAUUUCUCCUUCUUCUAAAUGAUAUCUAUCCUUUAUACCAAUGCUUGCUGUUUUUGCUCAAUGCAGGCCGCAGGCUUAUUCAAAAUUUAAUAUCCGGUUGUUUUUAAUUUGCGUUAAGUGCUGUCUUGUCGCGCGCUUGUAGUUUACAUCUUAUACAGUGCCUUUACUCCAGGCCGAAAGAGCCUUGAGAGGUUGCUCACUGUGCUCGCCCGCACUUCUAAAUUGUUAAAUUUCAGAAUCCAUUGCCUAACAUCAGCUAAUAUUUAACACCACUUAAGGAGGGCUGAACCUUCCGUUUUAUACAUGAUCUAAAACGACGGUGGAGUAGCCCUUCUAUUUCUUCGUCUGUCCACGUAAAACUUUUCUGCGGCAGCCAUUUAGUUUUACCGCAGUUUUGACUAAGUACAACAUGAUUGGUUUUAUCUCGUGUUAAAAAAUAUUUAGGUCGCUGCCCUCACUCGUUAAAUGUUUUCGCACCACUCGUAGGGAAAUUUCGUAUCUCCGCGCGGCGUUGUUAAUAUCCCCAUUAUUUUUUAAUCUACUGCUAUCAGGAGCCCAUCACCAGUGAUGGGCUGACUCCUCACUACCAUCUAAGCGCCACACAGCAUACGGGAAUUUUUCCUUUCUUCUUUUUUGACUUUUAUAAUGACAUUUCUCUCCUCCGAAGAGGUUCGAUGGAGGCAUUAUUGGAUUUUCUCUGCCCUAAGUGGGUCGGAAGGGUAGGGAGCAAAACCAGAAAGAUUCACUUUCUCUCGCCUUGCUCCUACGAGCCUAUGCGGAGGAGAGAGUUGUACAGGGGCACCCAACGUCAAUUUUCGGAAAAUAUCUCUUCGGAAGACGAUUUGAGAUCUAGAAUUUUCGGAACAUUUGUUGUAAAAUCUCUUGCUUGUCUGCCUAUCCUUGGAUUUUUGAACAUCUACAAAAUGGUAUUAUUGCCCAUUUUUAACGGAUUUUUAACCUGAAAAGGUCACCUAGAAUUUUCGGGAGCCUUUUUUCUGGCUGAAAUCUUUUGAUCGCUAUAAUUUUGGGAUCACUAGACUUUCAGCUAGGAAAUCCGAACAGAUGAAAAAUUUUUAGGGGAUAAAAAUAUGCCUAUAUCUACCUUUUAAAUAAUAAAAUACUUUAACAAUGCUGUGUUUAAGUGCUUUCGAACUAUAUUCUCGUUGGGUGCCUCUGGUUAUAAAAUUUUUCAUUCCUGAUCAGACCACUCACAAUUCCAGUUAUACUGUAAGCAGCUAUUCACAGUUUGUUUUUAACUGAUUUUUUUUUGGCAGAUCCCUCUUGUCAGUCGGCAGGAUCUUCUAGAAACAACAACAGGCAACAUUUUUGACUUGAUAUCAAAUGAUGUCCAAAGAAUUGAACAGGCUCCUGUACCUUUUACCAGUUUACUUUUUAAAACCCCCUUGGAACUUAUUGCUGUCGUUUGCUUACUGCUGUACUUAAUCGGCUGGCAGCCUUUAAUGGGAGUGUUAUUUAUACUGAUGUUAAUCCCUGUCUGUAUGAUCAUCUCAUACUUUUGUGCUGAACUUCGUAAGAACACCGCUAAAGUAACGGACCGACGUAUUUCUCAAAUGAGCGAAGUGGUCUGUGGAAUACGUGCGUUGAAAGCACAUGCUUGGGAAGAAAACUACAAGGAAAGGGUGCAGGAAGUAAGAAGGUAAGUAAGAAAUUUAAAAAUAGCAAGGGAAUGAGAGGAGAGAGGUUGGAACUGAUUUCACCGCAUACUUAUUAAGGUGAUUUAGUGAGGGACAACGUAGAUAUCAGUUUCCAGGCGAUAAAGCCCAUGACAAAAUUACGAGAAUCAGUUAAGGUGGCGUUGAAUACAGAGAAAUUCGCCCUUUGGACGCAAAUGAACUAAAAUGCACGGGAAAUCAUGAGCGUGUGGCAGCAUAAUGAGGGUUAAACGAAACGAACACUUCGUUGAACUGGACUAAAUGAUUGAUCAUAAUAUAACGUACAUAUCAAAUUAAUAUAACACUUGCACCUGUCAUUGCAGAGAGGUGACAAUUAUGGGAAAGUAGGCUUAGAAAUGCAAUGCAUGGAAAUGGUAAAUGUUCUGUUACAGUGCUAAAUCGCAUCGGUUUGCUUUAGAAGCGGUUAAACAUUAUGUUCAAGGCGAAACCCAGGGGGUUCUCAACAAAAUUUCAUACAGGGAGGCUCCGCUCCGAGGUCCAACCUCUUAAAAGGCAGUACCCCUGGGGGACACAAUGGCAAAAAUCAACAUCUGAUUAUUUUUCCCGACAUGAGUUAUCUUUGCGGUUUUUUCCCGAAUCAUGAUGUUUAACUCCUGGGAGGUAUUCCCUAUCAUGGCCUACACGGGAAGGCCCGUCCCGAAAGGGGUACCUUUUUCAGGCUUCAGGUAUAAGAAGAGGUAGGGGUUUUACUAGUUGAAGUAUAUAAAAGGGUAGGGAAAUGUGUGAUCUUGGUCUGCAAAAUUUUUGUUAUUUGUUUACUUCCUAGGAAUGAAAUCUGGAUGCUCACCAAAAAGAGCUUCCUUUUGUCGAUCAUUGGUAGCUUUCUGUUCGCAAGCUCAGCAGCGACCUUUUUGUCUAUGCUAGCUCUUGUUCUAACAGGAGAAUAUCGUUCGCCUUCAAGAGCCUUUAUGAUACUUGCCUUCAUGAAAACUCUUCGUUCAGUGUCUCUCAGGCUGGCUGAUGGUGCCCCACUAGCAUUCGAGUUAUUCGUCUCCUUUCAAAGAAUAGAGAGAUUUCUCCUUUUAAAUAACGUAGCCCUGGAUCCCGUAGACUACAAUGACGGCGCAAGCAAUCAAUUAUUGAUCCGAAAGUCAUGCCCCAAAGACCGCUGUAUAAAUCAAAAGGUUUCCUUACAUGACGGUGAUGCAGGUGAUGAGCAGCCACUGGCAAGAAAACUACGGGAUGAAAGUUUAUCAGUUUCGAAUCUUACCUGUAAAUCAGGUGACAAGUAUCUUCUUCGAGAUGUCAGUUUUGAUUCAUCUCGCAGAAGCCUAACUGUAAUCACUGGUCAAGUUGGCAGUGGAAAAUCAACCCUGCUGGCUGCCAUUGCUGGUGAGGCGGCCAAAACACGUGGUAGUGUUCUAUUCCCUGGAAAUGUAUCUUACGUCCCACAAAGUGCCUGGCUCUUUUCCGGAACAUUCAGAGAAAAUAUAUUAUUUGGUGAGCCAUAUGAUAAAGAGAAGUACGCCGAAGUUAUUGACGCCUGCGCACUGAGAGAGGACGUCGGGAGAUUUCCAAAUGGCGACCUAACAUUCGUUGGCGAACAAGGUGUUACACUCAGUGGCGGUCAGCGUGCACGCGUUAGUUUGGCACGCGCAGUGUACGCUGAUGCAGACGUGUAUCUGUUGGAUGACCCUCUAAGUGCCGUGGACGCGAAAGUUGGCGAACACAUAUUUAAUCAAUGUAUUUGCAAAUUACUGCAGAAUAAAAUUACCAUUUUGGUGUCAUAUGGAAAGACACACAUGAUCGCAGCUGACCAGGUUGUGGUUCUCCACGAAGGAUCCGUGCUUGGAAAAGGUAGUUUUAAUGAGCUGCAAGGCAGAGAAGAAAUUGUUGCCGUCAUCGAUGCAUCUGUCAACGAGGAAAAGCCGACACCUCCUACACUAGGUACGGAAGAUGGCAUUGCGCAUUCACGUUUUGAGAAGUCCACUGGUAGCUUUGAUGAGCAUUUGGAGAUCGAAGAGGAAGAGAAAGCUAUUGGAAAAAUUUCAGCAACAAUGUACUGGGAAUAUUUCAAGGCAGGAACACAUCCAGCAGUGGUGAUUUUCAUUCUCUCUUUCUUCGUGGGCGCGCAAGGUUAGUGAGCUGAGUUUUUUUUAACAAAGUUCUCAACAAACAUUACACGUUUCAUAAAAUAAGUUAUCCCAAGGCGUUUGAGUUCUUUACUGGAAACUAAGUUUCAAAUAAAAUUGCCGUUAGUUAACUGAUUAGAUGUCCCGAGUAAUUUUAAGCUAAUUUUAUAAUUGUUUUGAAUUAAGUCAAUCAAAUUAAUAGCAACUUCAGUACAAUAUAAUGGCGGUUGGAGUCAGUAUUAAUUUUAGCUUCAAAUAGUUUAUAAAUCCGGUCUCAGAAGGUUUUCUUGAAGUUAAGAAUGUAGUUUGGGGAUCGGGACAGGGCCCUUAUUGCAGGGAUUGGCCUUUUUUUCGGGGGACCCGUGUUUGCUCGAAUAAAUAAGAAACCGAACAACUCUGGCCAAAUUUUAUAGUUUCUUUAAAAAAUUAAGUUUAAAAAAGCAGUUGAAAACAAAACAUAAGCAUAAAGCUCUAACAAAUUUUGACGUGUAUUGUCUUUUUUUUUUGUUUCUUUUAUCAAAAAGCUCUUAUAGUGUCUCCUGAUCUAUGGCUUUCGCAUUUGACCAAGAUGAGUUGGGGAGCCCAGCAAGAAUCCAAAACCUGGUAUAUCUACGCCAGUUUUGUCUCCGCUGCAUUGAUUGUCGCUGCCAUUCGCGUUUUUUUAUUCUUCUUUAUGUGCCUCCGAUCCGCUGAAAACCUCCACAACAAAAUGGUAUCCAGCCUUCUUCAAGCAAAGGUGUUAUUUUUCGACACAAAUCCAGCAGGACGAAUUUUAAACAGAUUUUCCAAAGACAUUGGUUGCCUGGACGAACUAUUACCUGCACUGUUUGCUGCGUCCAUGCAGUUAAAUUUGUCAAUGUUGACAGCCGCUGUGUUACCAGCGUUCACGAAUGUUUGGCUCUCUUUUGUCUGUUUCCCUGUUAUUGGUAUUUUCUUGUGUUUAGCGUGGUAUUACUUAAAGACUUCAAGAGAAUUGAAGAGGUGGCAGUCAAUAUGUCGCAGUCCUGUUUUCUCUCACUUCUCAGAGACUAUAGCUGGCUUGGACACCAUUCGCACUCGAAAAAGGGAAAGGGAUUUCAUUGAUCAAUUUUAUCGGUAAGUUGAGUCAUGUUGGUCAUACUGGCAUAUUUGGUUAGCGUAAAUUAUCACAAUUGACACUAACUGUCAAUGUCUCACAUGAACGUAAAGAAACUGUCCAUAACAGUCAAUCGAACCCAACACUUUCAAGCUUGCAAGCUGCGUAAGACGAUUAACCGAGUGUAGUAUGAAGAGUUUCAACUCAAGUCCGGCCAUUCAGCAGCUAGAGCCACCAAUAGACGGGUCAUAGCCCGGGGGGGUACUCCCUAUGAUGGCCUUUACGGGGAGGCUCCACCCGAAAGGGGUACCUUUUUCAGGCCUCAGGUAUAUGAAAGAGUAGGGAUUUCACUUGUUGAAGUAUAUAAAAGGGUAGGGAAAUGUGUCAUUUGGGCCUGUGAAAGGACCCAAAAGGGCUGACAGAUGAAUUUUAUGGAUUUCGAAAGUCGAGAAAACGUUCUAUUCAGUUUUGUGAUUGAUUCCUAUUUAAAAGACAGUGCAUUUACAGAAGUUAAACGCAAAAAUAAACAAGGUAUGUGAAAGGGGUACCAUUUGUCAAUAGGAGGUAUACGAAAGAGGUACCUUUUUCGUGAAAAAUUGUAUAUAAAGGGGUAAGGGGUUGGACCUCGGGGUGGAACGUCCCCGUAUAAACAUUUAUUGAGUACCCCCAUUUGUUGAGGAUUUCUUAGUGGCUGAAACAAGCAGUAUCAAAUGUUAGAAGUUUUAGAACUCUGCGCUCGGGUGUGAGCUUAACCUACAGCCUUCAAUAAAAAUGAAGUUAAAUCUCGACCUUGUAGUCGUCCACGUUCUCGAAUCUAAAGGUCUCUAAUGACUCAUUGUAGCCAUUUCUCUCAUUUGCAGACGUCAGGAUGUACACAAUCAAGUAUUUUCCAUGACACUUUCCAGCAAUCGAUGGCUUUGUGUGAGAGUAGACAUCUUAAGUUCAUUCCUUAUUGCAGCAGUGGCUACACUUUCAGUUCUUGUCACCGAGGAACCAGGUAAACAGUAGAGAGCUGAGAACCCGCGGCAACAGAUCAAAGAUUUUUUCGUAGUAGUUUAAGCUCAGUAAAACGUAUGUGCCUAGCUCCGCCGGAGGUCACUUAGUGCUCCAUCUCUUUUCAUUCCUGAUAAGUAACUACCUUAAGCCCUCCCCCGGGGGGGGGGGGUACUUUCAGAAAAAAUGGGUGGGGGUGGGGAUAUGCGGCACUCUUCCUGAAACCUUUAGCCUAUUUCAGACCAAAAUCUGUGUUUUUCCCUACCUUUUUACUGACCUGAUCAAAUUUGAUACCCUAUUUCAGACCUGCCUUAUAAUCAGUUCCUUAGGUCAGACCAAUGUUAAAGACAAUGUUUAUACGCUUUUAUUAAGGAGGAUACAAAAAUCUUCAAAUUUUCGAGCUUAAAGGGAAAUGGUCUUAUCAUCUAAUGACGAAGAAGAAGCUUCUUCUAAAAAACAUACCCAAUUCAAGACUAGGGUGCACAAACCAUACCCUAUUUCAGACCAAAACGGCUAAAAACCUAUACCCUUUGGCGCCGCACAUACCUCAAUAGCCUAUAUAAGGGAGUACCCCCCCCCCCCCGAGCUUAAGCCCCAUUUACAUCAAAGCUAAACGUGUUUAAAUGCUGUCAGUACUAAACAGCAUUUAAACUGAGUUAAACACGGUUUAAAAUUGUUUCCUUCAUAAAAGCCAGCAAAUUUAGUGCAAAUAAAUUACAAAACAGGUUGAAUUUCAUUUGAAUCCUGUGUUAAAACCAGUUUUCCAUGUCCGCUUUUUAUUUUUUAAAACCUCGUUUGAUUUAAACAUGUUCAGUUGGUGUGAAUGGGGCAUUAGUCAUGUUUCCCCACAAAUUCUCUCAGACAAUGACUCUUAGACAAAUCCACUAAGUAAUCUCGCUACCAUAUGCGAGGUUGAUGCUUUAAAUCUCUUCACUUUAAAGAACAGAUUGAAAGUAUUAUCACUGGUAGCAGUAAAGUAGACUUCUUGAUGAAUCUUACUCAUGAUUACACGCAUUCUGUGGGCACUCGAUGAACAUCGGAAAAAUUAAAUUAUUUAUGCGCGGCAGGAAUACCUCAGUCGAUACAGCACUUGACUGCAGAGCGGAAGGUCGAGGGUUCGAUUCCCAGGGCCGGACCAAUAACACUGUCUUGAAAUAACUGAGAAAUGAGUUACUUCCUUUGUCCUGCAAACGGCUAGACCUUCGAGUGGCUCCGAUGACCACGUAAAAAGGCGGUCCCCUAUCCAGAAGGAGACGUGUCCUCAUUUAGUACUUUCGUGUUAAAUACAUUGACACUCAUAUUAAGUGCAUUUUUUUAUUGUUUUUGUUUAUAGCUUUGAUUGGACUUUCUCUUGCAUACGUGAUUGAAACAACAAAUGUAGCUUCAUACGCGGUGCGAAAGUUUUCGGAUGUGGAGAACUUUAUGACGUCAUUUGAGCGUGUCAAAGUCUACACCAACCUCGACGCAGAGCCAGGAUACAAAACAGAAAGCAUGCCCCCCAUUAACUGGCCUCGUGACGGUCACGUGAGCUUCACAAAUGUUUCCUUGAGGUAUUACCCAGGUGGGCCGCAAGUGCUCAAGGAUUUAACCUUUAAUAUUAAAGGACGACAAAAUUUGGGAAUUGUUGGCAGAACAGGAUAUGGAAAGUCGUAUAUCGUGGCAGCCCUUUUGCGCAUGCCUGAAGCUGAGGGGGGAAUAUUCAUUGACGAUGUUUCAGUAAACAGAGUUCAGCUGCAAGAAUCGCGAAGGUGCAUCUCUGUACUCAGCCAAUCGCCUGUCCUCUUCAGUGGCUCGCUUAAGACGAAUCUUGAUCCUUUGAAUAAACAUAGCGACAAUGAGCUAUGGAAUGUCCUUAAAGAGGUCAAGUUAAAUCGCCUGGUUGAAGACCUCGAGGGGCAACUUGACUUCAAGCUUUUAGAGAGAGGCGAAAACCUAAGUGUUGGUGAACGGCAGCUGAUCUGCUUAGCUCGCACAUUACUACAACAGAGUAAGAUCGUUAUCUUAGAUGAACCAACUGCGCACGUGGAUCCAAACACAGAAAGGACCAUUUGGGCAACCGUGAAGGAGAAACUUAAGAACUCUACAAUCAUCACCAUAACUCAUCGACUUAAUACCGUCAAAGACUGUGAUUUAAUUUUGGUAUUAAGAGAAGGCCAGGUGGCCGAAAUGGACACAUUCAAUGCACUUAUGCGGCAACAGGGAGGAAUUUUUCAAAGUUUGGCUGCGUCUCAGGGAUUACUUUCUUAG